AAAAGAUUCUCACUUUUGGACAUUUUAAAUCAGUAGUGUUGCGUUUGAACUGGUCAAUCAUUAUACUGAGAAAUUAUAGAAGAAAAUGACAAGACAAGUAAAGUUGUGUUACUUGAAUUAUUGGCUGAGCUUAUCCCUAUAUACAUUGGCUUAGCAUGACCAUACUUAAAUUGACAAGCACUAUGGAACAUGCUGUGAUCCCUCUCUCAUAUCACAAUAACAACAAGCUUAAUGAUCAUCUUGAUACUCAAAAUCAUAUACCUGAAAGUUAUGAUCAAGAUGAAGUAAAUGAUUCUCCAAUCGAGCAAGUCAGGCUAACGGUUCCCAUCACAGACGACCCGUCGUUGGCAUGCCUGACUUUCCGAACAUGGGUUCUGGGGAUUGUUUCAUGUGCCGUUUUGGCAUUUCUAAACCAAUUCUUUGGUUACCGUCAAAAUGCUCUAUACAUUUCAUCUGUUUCAGCUCAAAUUGUGGUUCUUCCAGUUGGGAUGUUUAUGGCAGCAAAACUACCAAACAAAUCGAUUCGGAUACCAGUUUUGAAUUGGUCAUUUUCACUGAAUCCAGGACCCUUUAACUUGAAAGAGCAUGUUUUGAUCACAAUAUUUGCUAAUUCUGGUUCAAACUCUGUUUAUGCUGUGAACAUCAUCACCAUUGUCAAGGCUUUCUACUUCAGGGACAUUCAUCCUCUUGCAGCUAUAUUGUUAACACUAACUACUCAGAUGCUGGGGUAUGGCUGGGCAGGAAUUUUUCGGAAGUUUCUUGUUGAUUCUCCUUACAUGUGGUGGCCAGCCAACUUGGUUCAAGUGUCCCUCUUCAGGGCGUUACAUGAUGUAGAGAAAAGGCCAAAAGGAGGCUUAACAAGGCUACAGUUUUUCAUAUUGGUCCUUGCAUCAAGUUUUGCAUACUAUGUUGUUCCCAACUAUCUAUUUCCAUCAAUAACAGCUCUUUCCUUUGUUUGUUGGAUAUGGAAGGACUCAGUCACAGCCCAGCAGAUUGGUUCUGGUCUUCGUGGACUCGGUGUUGGCUCGUUCGCCCUUGAUUGGUCAACAGUAGCUGGCUUCUUGGGAUCUCCCUUAGCCACCCCUGGAUUUGCUAUCAUUAACAUUAUGGCUGGUUUCUGCAUAAUUGUCUACAUAUUAAUCCCAAUUGCAUACUGGACUAACUCUUACCAGGCCAAGAGAUUUCCCAUUUUCUCAUCACAUGUGUUCGAUGCCAAUGGCCAAAAUUAUAAUGUUUCACUAGUUUUGAAUGAGGCUACCUUCCAAUUUAAUCAGCAGGGAUAUGAUCAAUAUAGCAAAAUUAAUCUCAGCAUCUUCUUUGCUUAUGCUUAUGGUUUGAGCUUUGCAACUUUGGCUGCAACACUUUCUCACGUUGCUCUCUUUCACGGAAGAUCAAUUUGGCAACAGACAAAAGCAACAUUCAGAGAUAAGUUUGGUGAUGUCCACACGAGACUGAUGAAGAAGAAUUAUGAGGCUGUUCCAGACUGGUGGUUCUACACACUCUUAGCUGUGGUUCUUGCACUUGCUAUGCUUGCUUGUGAAGGCUUUGGUAGACAAUUGCAGCUCCCUUACUGGGGUGUCCUUCUAGCUAUUAGCAUGGCCCUGAUUUUCACUCUCCCAAUUGGGGUCAUCACAGCCACUACAAAUCAACAACCAGGACUAAAUGUAAUCACUGAACUCAUCAUUGGUUAUAUAUAUCCAGGAAAACCAUUAGCAAAUGUUGCAUUUAAGACCUAUGGUUACAUAAGCAUGACUCAAGCAAUAAUGUUCCUUUCGGAUUUCAAAUUGGGACACUACAUGAAAAUCCCUCCCAAGUCCAUGUUCCUAGUUCAGCUAGUGGGAACAAUAGUAGCCACCUCAGUCUACUUCGGCACAGCAUGGUGGCUACUCACAUCAGUAGAAAAUAUUUGCCAACCCUCAAAGCUACCAGAAGGAAGCCCAUGGACGUGUCCAGGAGACGACGUUUUCUACAACGCCUCGAUUAUCUGGGGCGUUGUGGGCCCACGUCGAAUGUUCGGCCCAUUGGGCUUGUACCCAAAGAUGAACUACUUCUUCCUUAUUGGAGCUCUAGCUCCGGUGCCGGCAUGGCUCCUCUCCCGGGCGUUUCCCACCAAAAAAUGGGGUCUGAUUCAUAUGCCCAUUAUUCUUAGUGGCGCCGGAUCAAUGCCACCGGCGAGAGCCGUGAACUACAUAUGCUGGGGCGUGGUGGGGGUGUUCUUCAACUUUGUUGUUUACCGGCGAUUCAAAGAGUGGUGGGCUCGGCAUAACUAUAUAUUGUCAGCUGGGCUGGAUGCGGGAGUGGCAUUCAUGGCGAUUCUGUGCUAUUUUACUUUGCAGAUUAAGGACAUAAAUGGAAUGAGAUGGUGGGGUUUGGAUUUGGACGAUCACUGCCCUUUGGCCAGCUGUCCUACGGCGCCGGGAAUCAAAGUCGAUGGUUGCCCUGUUUUCAGUUGAUAAAAGUAUAAGAUAAAAAAAAUGUAAAUUUGGGCUCUGUGCAUUCCAAUCUGACCACGUGGCAUUGUUGGAUUGGUAAGAUAUCGUGUAAAGUUGUUGCUCAGUAGUGUUGCACGCACUCAGUUCAACUUCAAACCCAUAUUUGCACAUUUUUGAAAGUUUUAAAAGAUAGUUAAAGCAAAAGAAAA